AUGGUCAACUCCUGUUGUGACUCUGUGUGCUCUGACCAGGGCUGUGGCCUAGAGAACUGCUGCUGUCCCAGCUGCUGCCAGACCACCUGCUGCAGAACCACCUGCUGCCGCCCCAGCUGCUGUGUGUCCAGCUGCUGCAGACCGCAGUGCUGCCAGUCUGUGUGCUGCCAGCCCACCUGCUGCCGCCCCAGCUGCUGCCAGACCAACUGCUGCAGGACCACCUGCUGCCGCCCCAGCUGCUGUGUGUCCAGUUGCUGCCGCCCCAGCUGCUGUGUGUCCAGCUGCUGCAGGCCCCAGUGCUGCCAGUCUGUGUGCUGCCAGCCCACCUGCUGCCGCCCCAGCUGCUGCCAGACCACCUGCUGCAGGACCACCUGCUGCCACCCCAGCUGCUUUGUGUCCACCUGCUGCCGCCCAACCUGCUCUAGUGGCUCUUGCUGCUGA